CCAGGAACUCAAGAGGGAGUUUGUCAUCUUUCUAUGGUUUAUCUAUCUAUCCUGGUGUGAAUUUCCCUCGAUCCAGCGAAAGUCAUGAGACUGUGUUUCUUGCUAGCAGUAACCCUGGUGUCCUUCGCGCCCUCCGCAGUUCAAGGGGGCGACAAGAAGAAACUGCAAAUCGGCAUCAAGAAGAGGGUGGACAACUGCCCUAUCAAGUCGCGCAAGGGCGACGUGCUGCACAUGCAUUACACCGGGAAGUUGGAGGAUGGCACAGAGUUUGACAGCAGCAUCCCAAGAAAUCAGCCCUUCACCUUCACACUGGGCACCGGGCAAGUCAUCAAGGGCUGGGACCAGGGUCUGCUGGGGAUGUGUGAAGGGGAGAAGAGGAAGUUGGUGAUUCCCUCUGAGCUUGGCUAUGGAGACAGAGGAGCCCCGCCCAAAAUCCCCGGUGGAGCCACACUCAUUUUUGAAGUGGAGCUGCUGACCAUCGAGAGAAGAUCUGAAUUGUAAACUGUCUGUCCGUCUGUCUGUCUCAGGGCCCAAAGUGACUAAACUGUAGAAACUGUACUGCACACUGGGGAACUGGCCAGCUCUGACCCCCUGAGGGUCACAGCCUGCAGGGCACUCUGAGUAUUAUUAGCCAUCAUUUUCAUCCUGCGUUCUAACCUAGGUAUAGAGCAAAGCAAAACAUUUCCACUCAUGAAAAGGACCCAAACACAAAAAAUGAGGGCUUAGGUUCAUGACUCGGGGGCUGAAAGAAAUGGCAUGAUUAAUGACUAACCAAUGGUGGCCAGUGAUUAACUGGCAGCCCUAAUAGGGCUGAGGUCAUCCUGGAAGGAAGUGUGAGCUGCUUUUCUGCUUAAAUCAAAAUAUGCUCAUCUGAUUGAUUUCAGACUCAUCACAUGGGUUUUUUAUUAGCAAAUCUGAGGCAAGCUGUUAAAAGAAUGAAGCAUGGGGGAGACCUUACCUUUAGAACUGUAGGGUGACAGAACCAUGCAGCCCCCAUGUUGUCUGCCAGAUCAUGCCUUCAUGCAGGAGGUCCAGGCCCUGCCCACUCUGCUCCCACUAGAGGGAAAACGGUGCUGAUUCCAAGAAGCACUGAUUCACACAGCCCUGCAGUUCACCUGGAUGCAUGUUCUAGCCGUUUGCUGUUUUAUGCCUGGCUGAUUCCAACCGGUCAAACCAGUCCUGUCAGCAGAGAACAAAGCACUUUGUUUGGUUCAAAUCAGACUAUAGUCACACACUGUCCAACCCAGCAAACACCAGUAUUGCUAAUGCAGUAGUGCUUCAUGAAGCUGCCAGACCAGGCGCAAAGCUCUUAAGAGAGUUGAGCAUUGUUCCCGUCAGCCACACUGACUGACUCUUUUAAGGUGGUUAAUGACUAGAAACCAGAGCAGCUAAAAACUAGUGCCUGGUCACUUCCCAGAAACUAACCAGUGAGGUGGAACAUGGUCCUUUUGGACUCCUACUGGACUGUAUUGCUAUUUUCAGUCAUGUGCAGCUGGAUAGCACACAAAAGCAGGAAAGACCCUGUGUGAUGUGUCAAAAGUGCUUCCGAGUGGUGGUUAACACUGGCACUGUAUGGCUUGGUGUGUUCCUCCUUCCCCAUAAACACACCUCCUUUUGUCAAUCAUGGGAGGGAGUCAGGGAGCCAACUGUACCUGAAACAACUGACCUUUAACCACACCUCACCUACAGCUGGCUGUAAAGUGUCCCGCAUUGCUGUGUGUAAGUGUCACUGUCUGCACACUAGUCAAUCAUCAGUUUGGAAUUUGGAAUGGACAAAAAUUUAAUUUUAGUGUAGCAUUUCAUAUGGUGCUUCCUGAAACAUAUCUUGCCCAUUCAUGGAUUCCAAGCCCAAUGCUAGAUUUAUGACAGUAACUAAAUAUGCUAUUUUUUUAUUGCUGUCAUUCUUUUUUUUU